UCCUGAGGUUUGAUACAACUGCAGACUCGGCCAUGACUCUGCAAACAUGUUUGAUUGAGAUUCCAUUGUUGUUUGGUUUUCCUUUUCUGAAUUUACCUUUGUUUCGUUUGGUCUUCUCACAUGUGUCUGUCGGUUCUCUCUAUCUAGAUUCUUCGCGGUGACAUGUUCUCCUGUUUUCCUAACCCUGCCAUGUUUUACCACUUCGAUUCACGGCACACCCUGAAUUUUUCGUUGCUCUAAGUCUCCAAUUUUCCCAUUUUUCUUUUGUUUUCUAUUUCAUUUUUCCGCGAUCAUGGGGUGGUACACAAGGGGAAAGCUCGCUCUUGAUGGUUUUCGCAGCUUGGCUUCCAGGGUUUCGCCGCAAAAUCAUAUUUUUCAGCGUAGUUCGAGGAUUUUCCAAUCUGGGUAUUUGGAUUCGGCUUCAAAAGGAGCUACCUUUAAUGGGUUCUCUUCGUUUUCUUCAAUUUCUCAGAGACUAGGCAAAGGGGGUGUUGGGGCUAACAGGAAAUUUCACAAUCCGUUUCAUGUUGGGGCUAGGAGAUUUUAUUAUGUGGAUCCUUACAAUGUGCAGCAUUUCAAGCCAAGAGGACCAAGGCGUUGGUUUCAGAAUCCUAGACAUGUUUUCGUUGUUGUGAUGGUUGGUUCAGGGAUUUUGAUCACUGUGUAUUUUGGGAAUUUGGAAACAGUUCCCUACACCAAGCGAACCCAUUUGAUUCUGUUGUCAAGAGCCAUGGAGAGGAGGCUUGGGGAGAAUCAGUUUGAGCAAUUGAAGGCUUCUUUUAAGGGUAAGAUAUUGCCUUCUAUACACCCUGAAAGUGUGAGGGUGAGGAUGAUAGCUAAGGAUAUCAUUGAUGCAUUGCAGAGAGGGUUGAGGAAGGAACAGGUGUGGAGUGAUUUGGAUUAUGCAUCAGAGCAUACCAUGAUGGUUGAAGGAGAUGGAAGGGAGACACUUAGUGCAUUGGCAGGGAAUGAAGGGAAGAUUGAAGGAAAGUGGAACCGGGAGGAUGAGAUUCUUGAUGACAAGUGGGUUCAACAAAGCAGGAAAAAGGGUCAGGAACGAGGGACACAUUCUGCUACCUCUCAUUUGGAUGGAUUGAAUUGGGAGGUUUUGGUGGUGAAUGAGCCUGUUGUUAAUGCCUUCUGCUUACCUGGUGGGAAGAUAGUUGUAUUCACUGGUUUGUUAGAGCAUUUUAGAAGUGAUGCAGAGAUAGCAACUAUUAUUGGACAUGAGGUUGGGCAUGCUGUGGCUAGACACAGUGCUGAGGGGAUUACAAAGAAUCUAUGGUUUGCUAUUCUACAGUUGGUACUUUAUCAGUUUGUCAUGCCUGAUAUUGUCAACACAAUGUCAUCCCUUUUCUUACGGUUACCUUUCUCCAGGAGAAUGGAAAUGGAAGCUGAUUACAUUGGGCUGCUGUUAAUUGCGUCAGCUGGCUAUGACCCCCGGGUGGCACCGAGUGUCUACGAGAAGUUGGGAAAAGUCACCGGCGAUUCCACCCUUAGGGAUUAUCUGUCUACACAUCCAUCUGGAAGAAAGAGAGCAGAAUUGCUGGCUCAAGCUAAGAUAAUGGAAGAAGCACUUACUAUAUAUAGGGACAUAAGAGCAGGACGUGGGAUUGAAGGAUUUCUAUAGAACUGCACAACCACCACCUUUACAAACUACAAAACUUGGAAGGAAGAAUAUAUUAAUUUUGUCUACGUUUGAAAUCAACUUCUGUAUUUGUUUCUGUGUUCAAUAUGUGAAUUAAUAUCCAUUAAACUGAGAAUACCUCUUCCCUUUUUUCCCAACCCGAAAAUGCAUAGUGAAGCUCUUAUGAUUUGUAAAGUGCAGAGAAAAAUUAAUAUGAAUAAUUCUAGAUUGCCAUUGCAGGGAUGGUUCUCUAUAGUUUUAUUUAUUUAUUUUUGGAGGGGGGUGGUUUAUUGUAGCAUGUGGGCCGGUUUUGACACUCACACUUCUCUUUUCUCUAGCCCUCCUUUUUUCUGAUGCCGCAGUGUAUUCACCCUUUUAGGCUUGGCCUAUGCAUCAUGAAUUUAGGCUUGUA